CCUGUUUUACAGCUCAGUGCGUCGGUCUGCCGCAUCAUCCUCGUCCGAAAGCUGGAAGGCACCAGGAGGAGGAGGUGCUUUUCAACUAGCAGACUCGAUCCCAUUGGAUACAGACCGAGUCACUCCCCAUGCCUGGCUGCUGGUCCCGCCAACAGAGAAAGGACAUUCAGGCCAGAAAUGUUUGAGGCAGCAAUUAAAGAAAAUGCUACUGCUAUUCCAAGUCCUCAAAGAAGAACCAGUUUAUGUAAUACUGUGAUAAAUGCUGUAAGUGUGCCUGACCCAGUGGUCAACACAGCUGCUGGAGUAGAAGACCUUAACAUCAUUCAGGUGACAAUACCAGAUGAUGAUGAGAGAACCUCCAAAGUAGAGAAGGCCCGGCAGCUGAGAGAGCAAGUGAAUGAUCUCUUCAGUCGAAAAUUUGGGGAAGCUAUUGGUAUGGGAUACCCUGUGAAAGUCCCAUACCGAAAAAUCACGGUCAACCCUGGCUGUGUGGUGGUGGAUGGAAUGCCCCCUGGUGUAUCUUUUAAAGCUCCCAGCUAUCUUGAAAUCAGUUCCAUGAGGAAGAUUCUGGAUUCUGCAGAGUUUAUUAAAUUUACUGUCAUUAGACCAUUCCCUGGACUUGUAAUGAAUAACCAAAUUACUGAAAAAGCAGAAGCAGAAGUCCCAGCAGUCACUGUGCCAGCUCCUGAACAGGUGGUACAAGAGCCAGUUGAAGUAGACCAAAUAGUACAAGUAUCUGUGGAGGAAGAUUCAGUACAGACUGAAGAACACGCUCAAAUAAAGCAGGAGCCAGAUCCAACGUGGUAGACCUGACUUCCAUUAGGGUAAAGGACAGUCGUAACAUGAAGCAGAGUGGUGGGUGGUAUUCAGAUACUUUUCUAGGUAGGAGAUGGACCCCCAACUGUUGCUGUGAAUGCAGAUUCUAUGAUCUGACUUCCAUUUAUAUUGAUCCUGUAACUAUGUAGAUCAC